UGUCGAGUCGUCGAGUCGAGUGGUCGAUGUCAGUGUAAAUAAUAAAUACAUUGACUGUUGCACUUAAUUACCAUUGAAUGUAAUUACGUUCUACAUACAUAUAUUCUAUCGAUAAUGUUGAAAGUUUGAAAGUGAUCCAAACAUUAACAAGAGUUUAGACAGAAAUUGUCAAUAUGAAAUGCUGUUAACCUAUAAGUCGAACAUAUAAUUUCAAGUGAAAAUGCCGAAAGUAGUUUCAAGAAGUAUAAUAUGUUCCGAUACAAAAGAUCAAGAAGAAUAUAGCGAAGAGAAACCGUUACAUAUUUAUUAUUGCUUAUGUGGACAGAUGACAUUGAUUUUAGAUUGUGCAAUAGAAAAAUUGCCUUUGAGGAAAAGGGAUGGUGCACGAGUUAUCGAUGGAAGUAAACAUGCUCACAAGAUGACUUGCGAGCAAGAUGAAAUUGUAUAUUUAAAACGUUCCGAAGGAAUUGAAAAACAAUAUCGACAAAAAUGUAAAAAAUGUGGUCUUUUUCUCUAUUAUAAACAUGACCAAGCAACAAAUGUUGUAUUUAUUGUAAAAGGUGCAGUAAUCAAAAGUUCUGGUGAAGGUCCAAUGACGGAUAUAUAUAAUCAAGUAGCCAUUGAAAAACCCAAGAAAAUAAUGGUAACAAAACACACAAAGAAUAUGGGAAAAUUCAGUUCUGUUACUGUUUCUACGAUUGAUGAAGAAGAAGAUGAAAUUGAGGCAAGAGAAGUUGCUGAUUCAUAUGCUAAUAAUGCACGAAUAAUAGAAAAACAAUUAGAAAGAAAAGGAAUGAAUAAACGAAAAGCUAUGCCACCCCCUGAAGCGGACCCGAAAAGAACGAGGCCACGAGGAACAUUGUUAGAUGUGUAAAACCUAUUUAUAUUAUUGUCAUGUAUAUUUAGAGUUAAAUAUAAAUACGUAUUAAAAAAGUCAGAGUAGAAUGUGGGAGAGAUUGUAUAAAAAUUGUAAUAUCUAUUAUUUUUACUAUUAUACCAAAUUUUAUAAAUAAUGAUUUAAAGAAUUAAACGAUUUAACAUUA